AUGCGAGGAAUUCAAAUCAAAGAAUAUGUCAAAGGACCUCGAGACCUUAAGGUCACAGAUCUACCAGAUCCCGUGCCAAAUUCUGAUCAAUAUCUAAUCGAAAUCCAUGCCACCGCUACCAAUUUCUACGAUCUCCUUCAAAUCCGAGGAAAAUACCAGCAUCAACCUCCUUUACCUUGGAUAUCCGGCUCAGAAUACAGCGGCACCAUCAUAUCCACUCCCAGCGCAACCGCAUCACCCCUCUACAAACCCGGAGACCGCGUCUUCGGCGCCUCCCAAGGCGGCUACGCAACGCUCGUCUGCGCCCAAGAAACCUCCCUCUACCCCGUCCCACCCUCCUGGUCCUUCUUCGAAGCCGCCGGUCUCUUCAUCACCGCUCCAACAUCCUACUCUGCACUCGUCACCCGCGCCCAGAUUAAACCCGGCGACUACGUCUUGAUCCAUGCUGCCGCUGGUGGAGUUGGUCUCGCUGCCGUGCAAAUCGCUAAGGCAUUUGGCGCUACCGUCAUAGCCACCGCUGGCACAUCUCGAAAACUGCAAGUCGCUCAAGAAUUCGGCGCCGAUCACGUCAUUGACUACAACGACGCGUCGUGGCCCGACAAAGUAAAAAAACUCACGCCAGAUAACAGAGGAGUAGACAUUGUAUUCGAUCCCGUCGGGCUCAUCGAUAAAUCCACAAAAUGUAUACGAUUCAACGGACGACUCCUCAUAAUCGGAUUCGCAGCGGGCAAUAUUGAGAAAGUGGCGAUGAACAAGGUGCUGUUGAAAAAUAUCAGUCUAGUGGGACUACAUUGGGGAGCGUAUGUGCAAAAUGAACCAGAAAAGAUCAAGGAGGUUUGGGAGGGGAUUUUCAAGUUGAUUGAGGAAGGCAAGUUUAGGGGCACGGUUUUUAGGGAUAGGGAGUUUGUGGGCUUGGAGGAUGUACCCGGGGCGUUGGAAAGUCUGGGGGGGAGGGAGACUUGGGGGAAGGUGGUUGUUAAGGUGGAUCGGAAGGAGAAGGCGGGGAAGACUAAGAUUUAG